CAGACGGGAGUGCUCUGAAAUCGAAGGACAUAGCCAGAGUCAAUUUACGAAAGCGCCCAGAGUAGCAGCAUUUUUUAACAAGAUAAACUGGGCGGUGUUUAUGUAUGUUGCGCGGUGGGUUAUGGGUGUGAGCAGAGAAGUAAAAUGGCGGAAUUGGCAAACGAAGAGAAGCCUGCCAUAGCGCCACCAGUGUUUCUGUUCCAAAAAGAUAAAGCACAGAAGAGAUCAGCUGAUGGCUCGAGUGCAGAAGAUGAAGGUUCAGACAAAGAGGAUGGUGGCUACUUUCCUCCAGUAAAAAGAGAGAGGACUUCAUCUUUAACACAGUUCCCACCUUCACAUUCUGGGUCUAGUAAGAACAAUGUCUUCAUGCCCUCAAGUUUCUGCCAGUCUCCAACUGUGAAUUCAGAGGACUCAGAACCAGAUGAGAAGCCUGUAGGGUUUCGUUUAAAACCACCUACUCUCAUCCACGGCCAGGCGCCUAGUUCAGAUUGUGUUCCAGGCGUCCCCAGUCAGAAACCCAAGGAGCAGCAGCGCAGUGUGCUCCGGCCAGCCUUACUCCAGGCCCCACCAGUCAAGUCCAACUCAGAGUCCACUAACGGGGUGAAGAAGUUUUCCGACGGAACGUCAGAAGGGUCGAGCAUCUUCCAGAACAACACUGAGCACUCAGACGUCCUCGCUAAGUCACCGAAACAUGAAAGGGAGGAUGGAGCGAGCAGAGAGAAGAACGAUUGUUCUGCAGAGUCCUCUUUCGUGUUUGGGCAAAAUAUCAAAGACCGAGCAAAGUUGGACGAGAAUAGUAAAGAUGGCAAGUUGUUACCCCUGGAUUCUCAGGAGGGAACAAACUAUUUCUUACAAUACAUCGCCACCCCCAGUUCAAAGAACGCCAUACACAAUACCGACAAGGGGGCCAAAUUUGUCUUUGGACAGAACAUGUCAGAGAGAGUCCUAAGCCCUUCCAAGGGAGGGGAGGCAUCAGUGGAAGACUGUAAAGUCUUACCAGCUCCCCCUGUGUCUGAAUCCUCUUCCAAGGAAAACAUACCAGAGAAGGGUAACAACGUGACAGAGUCACUGGAGGAAUCUGCAGCAGCGUACACCAAAGCCACAGCCAAGAAGUGCAUCUUGGAGAAGGUAGACGUCAAAACUGGAGAAGAAUCAGAAAGCAACGUUUUGCAGGUCCAGUGCAAGUUGUUUGUGUUUGACAAGACAGCCCAGACGUGGAUAGAGCGGGGUCGAGGGCUGCUCAGGCUUAAUGACAUGGCAUCCACAGACGACGGAUCACUACAAUCACGUCUAGUGAUGCGGACCCAGGGCAGCCUUAGAUUGAUCCUGAACACCAAACUGUGGCCUCAGAUGCAAGUGGACAAGGCCAGCGAAAAGAGUGUCCGUGUCACCGCCAUGGACACAGAAGACCAAGGGGUUAAGGUCUUCCUAAUAUCGGCUAGUUCUAGGGAGGACACAGGUCAGCUGGCAGCAGCCCUGCACCAUCGUAUCCUGGCCCUGAAGAGCCGGGCGGACCAGGAGCCCCAGGAGGCCCCGGCUGCAGACUGUGCCCCUGAGGCUGACUUGCCCCACUCUGAAGGGGACAGCGAUGAGGAAGAUCAGGUCAACAAUGCUGCAGUUAACUCAGAGGGAGGAGAGGCCCAGGCUGCUGGAAGUACAUAGCGUUAGUCCCCCUAAAGGAUUGCCUGCCAGGAUACUGCUACUGCUGUUUUGGCAUUUUACUGAGGGCAUCCCAACGGACACCCUACCCUGACCAACAUGGGUCCUUCAGACCAGUACUUUUGGAUACUCAGAAGUCUAGCUCCAGUUAUUUUUUUCUUUACAUUCAAUCAACAUAAAAACAUCUGGAGUUGUAUUUUUUAUUGUUAUAUUUUAUUUUUAUCUUUUGUUUUCUCAGCUGCAAAAAUAAAUACUUAUUUUUGCAGCUGAGACAAAAAAAAAAUGGGGGACUUGGCUGCUCAUCAUAUUGAUGAGUGUGGGGGUGUUUUCCUCUCCAACAUUUUAAGGUAUGGCACAUGUUUAAGACUGCAGUUUCUACCUUGGGACUUUUUUACUCACCAGACCACCACCACACCUCUGGGACCCAACCAACCACCCCAGGCUCCAGAGGAACUCCUGUCUGUCACCGUAUACUGACCUGUCUUCUGGUCAGUCAUUUGACUGGUUUCUACGUCAUCCCCAUCCUUUCAGCUUUCACAUGGGUGCUGAUUCCGACCUGAGUUAAGCGGGCGUAAAUGGAACUUAAUUCCCUUUUUUAUGCACUUUUCUCUCUGACCUUGAACUUAAUCCACUAAUAAUUCCACCACCUUUACGCGUGAGGAAACCAUGAAUAUGGCAGAAAACUGAAGUAUAUAGAAAUGUCCCACAGUAAAGUUUAUGAAAUGCUGUGUCGUUAUGCAGAAUUGAAUUUGUACGGCCUUUUAACUUGCAGGGAUGGGCACUCUCAAAAGUCUUAAUUUUAGGCUACCCCCAACUUUCUCCGUUUCCUAUUUCUAUCAUGUUAAAUAUUAGCCACUAUCAGUAUCGACGGUCAGUAGGCCUAAUAACCACACUUAUACCAUGGCGUUGUUAAGUACUAGUUUCUGAAGGGGAUUCUAGAGCGUGCGUUAUAGGGAAAUAAAGCACGGUAUAUCAGCAUGGUAGAAUUCAAUGGCUAUAGUUCAUCCUUACAUGUUCUGUGUUUGAGCUGCAUUGAAAGCAAAAGUCGAAUUGAAAACAUUGGCAUUGUUGAAUUAGAUUUUCAUAAUCGCAAGCUAGGUCUGAUGGUUUGGUUAGCUAAACUAGCAAGUCUGUUUUGUUAUCUAGUAAAGUUCCUAGCUACCUUAGUGGAUGUUGAACACAUUUCUAGAGGCAAAUGUGUUAAAUUAUUGGCAUGGUAUAAAAGGGAUAAUCAACUCUGGGCUCUGCUUUCUCUGGAAAAUAAUGCAACUCGUGGAAGGUCAGUUCCACUCUGCGACGUGGGACACACCUUCCACGUCGUUCAUUAUUUUCCAUAGAACGCGUUGAUUAUCCCUUAAAUAUUUAUUCUGCCAAUUUACUGUUCCCUUUAUCAUUUCAUUUAAUUACAUUGUUUUAUUUACCUUAAUUUGCUUCCUCUGUAAAUGGCUAUGUGGUUGUUGCUGACGAUUAAUAGUAACAGUUGGUAAUAUAUUUUUUAAACGUGUAGGCUAAUUAAAUCAUGGAGUUGAGCGCAAAACCAAGCUGUAACAGUUUGAACACGACACCGUGUCGUGUUGGCCGUGUCAUCAAACAGUUUCAUGGUCAGUGCAUGCAAUAGACGAUGGUAGAGCCUACUAUUGUACACUAUUCUCCCUAUUAUAAUUCAAUAUACGCUAAUCUUCCAACAUUGCCACGGGUAAAUGAAUGUGGCAAUUUUCAGAAUUGAUCAAACCACCUUUUUCUUUCUUUCGUGCAUAAAGUCUCGCUAAACCUGUUUUUUUUUUUAAUGAUUCAUAAAUACUUUCCUAAACCUGAA